UAUUUCUACAGCAAGUUAUCCAAACUGUAAAUUAUACUUGGCAUCUUAGAAACUUGAGACAUCCCUUUGGUAGCCUACCCCCCUUUUUUUGUUAUUAGUUGAGCGGAUGGUGCAUUGCAAUUUACCAUAUGGAUUCAUGUUUACGACAAAGUGUUAUUUGUUAGACAAUAUGGCUUACUCGUAUAGUUCUUAAUUUUCUAAGACUGCAUUGCUGAAUUCGACAACAAAUGUUCCUUUAAUGUAUUCAUUAUGAAUGUUUGUUUUCUGGGCGGAAACGGUUAACACCAUAACGAGCAGGAGUGUGAGGGGGGCUGGCUUUAAACACGCAGUGUGCCAGUGGCAGGGCAGCGUACACACACUACUGUUACAGUACAUUGAUGGAGCCGCUAAUGUGUGUCAGUCCGGCAGAGCCCCUGUGAAGAAGCGACGCUGCGGCUCUGAACCGACCGACCGACCGACCGACCGACGCUGCGAAAUUCCCACCGCGGGACCAUGGCAAGCCUGGCCGCGGCGUGUGUUCUGUAGAGCAGCCUGGACUGGACUGGAGGACGCUGUAUCCCGAACUGAAGGAAUGUGCCAUUUUCAUUGACACGGUCUAGCAAAGUAACAUUAGGAGGUCAGCUCACACGCUGAAUGCUCUGCUGCGAAGUUUACGCACUACAUUUUCUACCUACUCGCCGUUAUGAAGGUUUUUACUUGAAUGAAUGACGCCACCGCCGCAGCUUAACAGGUUCUGUAGGCAGAUGCGGGCUAUUUAAGGCUUCGGACGAACUAGUCAAUGUACAAUUAUUGAAGCAUCUUCGUAAAGAGAGGCUUUGUCCAGAUAGAGCAUUUGGAAACACAUAUUUUUUUUUUUUUCAAUUUUUUUUUCUUCACUGUGGAUGUGAGUCUGUAGCGCAUCAGUUGAAACCCAGAAGACAGCAGCCGCGCUGGACGCUGGGAGGGAGCAGGAUAACCGGGACAUCCAGUUUAAAUGAAGAGAAACAUGUGAAGACCCUUGUGAAGAUUUGACCUGCAAGUUAGCCUUCGACAACAAAAAGGCCAAGGUCUCCUCCCGUCUUCCCCUCAUUCAUUCUCUCUGAUUCCUCUGCAGUUUCCUUGCAGGCCCGUUAAACAUGGAGGGCCAGCGGGCUAUGCGCAGGACUUCAUCACCUGACCCUAAAGUUGCAGCUAUAUCUACUUUGCUAGGCUUUUGGCUCUUAGUAAUCCCUGCCUUGUGCAGUGGGCAGACAUUCACUAGUUUCCACCCUGAACGUCGGGACUGGGUCUUCAACCACCUGACGGUUCACCAAACCACAGGGGCUUUGUAUAUUGGAGCAGUCAACCGUGUGUACAAGCUCUCCGGCAACCUGACCCUACUUGUUUCCCAUGAUACAGGCCCAGAAGAUGACAACAAGGCCUGCUACCCCCCUCUGAUUGUCCAACCCUGUACUGAGCCCCUUGUCUCUACCAAUAAUGUCAACAAGCUUCUCCUCAUUGAUUAUUCCCAAAAUCGGUUGCUGGCCUGUGGCAGCCUCUACCAGGGUGUCUGCAAACUCCUCAGAUUGGAUGACCUUUUUAUCUUAGUGGAGCCCUCCCACAAGAAAGAGCACUACCUCUCCAGUGUCAACCAGACUGGGACCAUGUAUGGGGUCAUUGUGCCUUCACAGGGCCAGGAUGGCACCCUGUUUAUCGGCACAGCAGUGGAUGGAAAACAGGACUACUUUCCCACCAUCUCCAGUCGAAAGCUGCCCCGUGACCCAGAAUCUUCUGCCAUGCUUGACUACGAAUUGCACACUGACUUUGUGUCCUCCCUCAUCAAGAUCCCAUCAGACACGCUGGCACUGGUCUCCCACUUUGACAUCUACUAUGUCUACGGCUUCGCCAGCGGCAGCUUUGUUUACUUCCUGACUGUGCAGCCCGAGACGCCGGAGAACAGCAUGUCGUCGAGCGGAUCCACCAGUGACCUGUUCUACACCUCUCGCAUCGUCCGCCUCUGCAAAGAUGAUCGCAAGUUUCACUCCUAUGUCUCGCUGCCCGUCGGCUGUGUGAAAAAUGGCAUCGAGUACCGGCUGCUGCAGGCCGCCUACCUCGGCAAGCCGGGCCGCUUUCUCGCUGCCUCGCUCAACAUCAGCGCCCAAGAUGACGUGCUCUUCACCAUCUUCUCCAAGGGCCAGAAGCAGUUCCAUCGGCCGCCGGAUGACUCGGCGCUCUGCGUCUUCACCAUCCGAGACAUCAAUGCACGAAUCAAGGAGCGCCUGCAGUCCUGCUACCAGGGAGAAGGAAACCUUGAGCUCAACUGGCUGCUGGGGAAAGAUGUGCAGUGCACCAAAGCGCCGGUGCCCAUUGACGACUCUUUCUGUGGUCUGGACAUCAACCAGCCACUCGGUGGUUCUCAGCUGGUGACCGGUCACACUCUGUACACCGAGACACGCGACCGCAUGACUUCUGUCACCUCCUAUGUCUACAAUGGCUACUGUGUAGCCUUUGUGGGCACCAAGAGUGGACGCCUGAAGAAGAUUCGCGUCGACGGACCUCCUCACGGCGGUGUCCAGUACGAGACGAUAUCGGUCAUCAAGGACGGCAGCCCUGUCCUGCGAGAUAUGGCCUUCUCUCUCGACCGCAACUACCUCUACGUCAUGUCUGAGAGACAGGUUACCCAAGUUCCGAUCGAGUCAUGCGAGCAGUACGGGACCUGUGGAGAGUGUUUGAGCUCCGGGGACCCACACUGCGGUUGGUGUGUCCUGCAUAAUAUCUGCUCUCAGAGGAACCGGUGUGAGCGUGCAGAUGAGCCGUACCGCUUCGCUGCCUCUCUCAACCAGUGUGUGAAGGCCAGUGUGUACCCAGACAGCAUUGCGGUGUCAGAGCCCAGCGUACCUCUGCUGGUGAAGGUGAGCCACGUUCCAGAUCUUUCUGCGGGCAUCACCUGCUCCUUCGGCAACCUGACGGAGGUGGAGGGGCAGGUCAAUGGCAACCAGAUACUCUGUGUGUCUCCUGCUGCCAAGGACGUCCCCCUCAUCCCCAUCGACCAAGAUUGGUCAGGCGUCGAGCUGAGGCUUAACUCUAAGGAGACUGGUCAGAUGCUUAUCAGCACAGAGGUCAAAUUCUACAACUGCAGCGUCCACCAACUGUGUCUGUCAUGUGUGAACAGUGCCUUCCGCUGCCACUGGUGCAAGUACCGCAACUUGUGUACCCAUGACCCCUCCAGCUGUUCCUUCCAGGAGGGACGAGUCAACGCCUCAGAGGACUGUCCGCAGCUGGUGCGCUCUGAGGAGAUUCUGAUCCCAGCGGGGGAGGUGAAGCCUAUCACCCUGAAGGCCAGGAACCUGCCCCAGCCCCAGUCUGGCCAGCGAGGUUACGAGUGCGUCCUCCACAUCCAGGGUGUCAGCCACAGAGUCACCGCCCUCCGCUUCAAUAGCUCCAGCGUGCAGUGCCAGAACAGCUCGUAUCUGUACGAGGGAAUGAAAAUCAGUGAGCUGCCUGUGGAUUUCUCGGUGGUGUGGAACGGCAACUUCAUUAUCGAUAACCCGGAGAAUAUCCAAGUGCACCUGUACAAGUGUGCAGCCCAGCGGGACAGCUGUGGCACAUGUCUGAAGGCAGAGAGGAAGUUCCAGUGCGGCUGGUGCAGUGGAGAGGGAAGGUGUACCCUGCUGCACCACUGCCCUCCCAUCAAUCCUUACACCACCCGCUGGCUAAACCUGUCCAGUAAGAAUGUCAAGUGCACCAACCCACGCAUCACUGAGGUGACUCCAGUGGCUGGACCUCCAGAGGGAGGCACACGGGUGACCAUCCAUGGCAUGAACCUUGGUCUGGCCUUCUCAGACAUGGUUGAAAACGUGGAGGUGGCAGGGGUCAGGUGUACCCCUGUAGAGGAAGGCUACAUCAUCGCUGAACAGAUUGUAUGUGAGAUGGAUGCAGCUCCUGCCGACAGUAGACCAGGUCCGGUCCAGCUGUGCGUUGCAGAGUGCAGACCAGAGCUCAGGGCUCGCUCCUCGCAACUCUACUCCUUUGUGACUCCCACAGUCACAGGUCUGUCCCCGAGCAGAGGUCCAGAGUCUGGGGGCACCAAAGUAACCAUAAUGGGAGAAAACCUUGGCGCCGGCAGCAGUGUCAACGUUCAGUUUGGAAACCAGACAUGCGAGUACUUUGGACGGACCAUGACGGAGAUAGUGUGCUACUCUGCCCCUUCACUGUCUGGGGUCGGCCAAGUGCAGAUCAGUGUGAGCGUGGACCACGCUCAAAUCAGGGAGAGCCUCACCUUCGAGUACAUAGAAGACCCCACCGUCCAGCGCAUCGAACCAGACUGGAGCAUUGCAAGUGGCCACACCCCCCUGAUGGUGACAGGGACCAAUCUGGACGUGGUUCAGGAGCCCAGGAUCCGAGUCAAAUACGCCGGCCGAGAGUCUGUCAAUGUGUGUAAAGGAAUAAACACCACCUGUAUGAGUUGCUUCGCCCCCUCCCUGAUGGCAGAGUACAAUCCAGGUUUGGACACAGUAAAGCACGCAGACGAGUUUGGGUUCAUCUUUAACAACGUCCAGGCGCUGCUGGUCUACAACAACACCAACCUCCUCUACUACCCAAACCCUUACUUUGAGCCCCUCAGCGCCACCGGUGUGCUGGAGCAAAAACCUGGCUCACCCAUCAUUCUCAAGGGCAGGAACCUGGUUCCCCCAGCAUCAGGAGGGGUGAAGCUUAACUACACUGUGCUGAUUGGUGAGACUCCCUGCUCGGUCACUGUGUCUGAGAACCAGCUGCUGUGUGAGCCGCCCAACCUCACCGGACAAUACAAAGUGAUGGUUCAGGUAGGUGGUCUCCACGUCUCUCCUGGUGCGGUCCACAUCAUGUCUGACAGCCUGCUGACCCUCCCAGCCAUCGUCAGCAUCGCCGCCGGUGGAGGCCUCCUCCUCAUCAUCGUCAUCCUCGUCCUCAUUGCAUACAAGCGAAAGUCACGCGAAAAUGACCUCACUCUGAAGCGCUUGCAGAUGCAAAUGGACAACCUGGAGUCACGAGUUGCCCUAGAGUGCAAAGAAGCCUUCGCCGAGCUGCAAACAGACAUCAAUGAGCUGACCAGUGACCUGGACAGAGCUGGUAUCCCCCAUCUGGACUACAGGACAUACGCUAUGAGGGUCCUCUUCCCCGGCAUAGAGGAUCAUCCUGUCCUCAGAGAACUGGAGGUGUCAGGGAACGGCCAGAUGAAUGUGGAGAAGGCCCUGAAGCUGUUUGGCCAGCUCAUCAACAACAAGGUGUUCCUGCUCACCUUCAUCCGAACACUGGAAAUGCAGCGCUCGUUCUCCAUGAGGGACCGCGGCAACGUGGCCUCACUUAUCAUGACGGCCCUGCAGGGGCGGCUGGAGUACGCCACCGACGUCCUCAAACACCUGCUGUCGGACCUCAUCGACCGCAACCUGGAGAGCAAGAACCACCCCAAACUGCUGCUGCGCAGAACGGAGUCGGUUGCAGAGAAGAUGCUUACAAACUGGUUCGCCUUCCUCCUUCACAAAUUCCUCAAGGAGUGUGCCGGGGAGCCUCUGUUCAUGCUGUACUGCGCCAUCAAGCAGCAGAUGGAAAAGGGGCCCAUCGAUGCUAUCACUGGAGAGGCCCGCUACUCCCUUAGUGAAGACAAGCUCAUCCGCCAGCAGAUCGAGUACAAAACCUUGAUCCUAAACUGUGUGAACCCAGACAAUGAGAACAGUCCAGAGAUUCCAGUAAAGGUGCUCAACUGUGACACCAUCACCCAAGUGAAGGAGAAGAUACUGGACGCUGUUUACAAGAACAUGCCCUAUUCUCAGCGGCCACGUGCUGUCGACAUGGACCUUGAGUGGCGCCAGGGGCGAAUGGCUCGUGUGGUGUUGCAGGAUGAAGACAUCACCACCAAGAUAGAAAAUGACUGGAAGAGACUCAACACUCUCAUGCACUAUCAGGUGUCAGACCGCUGCGUUGUGGCUUUGGUGCCCAAACAGACCUCAUCAUACAACAUCCCCUCGUCAGCCAGCAUAACCCGCUCCUCCAUCAGCAGAUACGACUCUUCAUUCCGCUACACGGGCAGUCCCGACAGCCUCCGUUCACGUGCUCCCAUGAUCACCCCUGAUCUAGAAAGUGGUGUGAAGGUGUGGCACCUGGUGAAGAACCACGAACACGGAGACCAGAAGGAAGGGGACCGCGGUAGCAAGAUGGUCUCUGAGAUUUAUCUGACCAGGCUGCUAGCUACCAAGGGUACCCUACAAAAAUUUGUCGACGACCUAUUCGAGACGUUGUUCAGUACAGUUCACCGAGGGAGCACUCUUCCCCUCGCCAUCAAAUACAUGUUUGACUUCCUGGAUGAGCAGGCAGACAAGCAUGGCAUUCAUGACACAGACGUGCGACACACGUGGAAAAGCAACUGCCUUCCAUUGCGUUUCUGGGUGAACGUGAUCAAGAACCCGCAGUUCGUGUUUGACAUCCAUAAGAGCAGCAUCACGGAUGCCUGUCUGUCCGUGGUAGCUCAGACCUUUAUGGAUUCUUGCUCCACUUCAGAGCACCGUCUGGGCAAAGACUCCCCAUCCAAUAAGCUGCUCUACGCUAAAGAUAUCCCCAAUUACAAGAGCUGGGUAGAGAGGUACUACGCUGACAUCAACCGGCUGCCGGCCAUUAGUGACCAGGACAUGAAUGCCUAUUUGGCAGAACAGGCCCGACUCCACUCCACAGAGUUUAACAUGCUCAGCGCUCUCAAUGAGAUCUACUCUUACGUCAGCAAGUACAGUGAGGAGAUCACAGCCGCCCUGGAGCAGGAUGAACAGGCGAGGAAGCAGAGGUUGUCCUACAAGGUGGAGCAGCUGAUCUCGGCCAUGUCCCUGGAGAGCUGAGAGCGACCGCCACUCAAAGAGAGAGCCAACAACGAGAGAGACAGGACCACAAGUCUCUACAGGGCCCUCGCUAAGAAGGUUCCGCAUUACUUACCUCUCAUCGUGGGAGCUACCGCCACGAAAACCAGACCUGGGACCUCUCUGCAUUCACUGUCGGACAGACAUACAACAGCUUUAGUUUGUAAUUCUUUCCCCUCCUUCCAUGAUGGCACCAGCUAAGGGCCCACAGACUGAGAUAGAGGCCCUGCAGCUGGAGCUGAUAAUGGCAUAAGGAAGGACCAUCAGCAGAGAAGGCAAGAACAUGGCGUGUAUUUAUUUAUUUUUGUUCGUUCCUUUUUUUCCGCAAAGUAUAUUUUCUCUCAGUUUGACAGGAAAUUGUGUGUGUGUGUGUGUGUGUGUGUGUGUGUGUGUGUGUGUGUGUGUGUGUGUGUGUGUGUGUGUGUGUGUGUGUGUGUGUGUGUGUGCGUGUGUGCGUUUGUGUCUGAGUAAGACUCUGCCAAACCGUGAGAGCAAACGGAGGAACAGAUUUUAUCCUCCACUCAGUCAGAAACUGACACCUGAGUGUGAAAUGGAGACAAAAAAAAACAAAAAAAAUAACAGCGAGAAGCAGAGGAGCAGAUCUCACGUCGGACUGCUGCUGAGUUUGCGUUCAGAUUUCCCAGAUUUUUAUUUUUUUACUUGUACAUUUGAAUAUUAUCAGUUGCAGUUGAAAACAUCCGCCUCUCAGUCUCAGUCAAGUGUUGUUGUGCAAAGACGUAAAGAGACGGGCAGUGUGGUAGCGAAACAGGCCACGGUCCAUGUCUUCUCUCACUCCUUUCCCUCCUCGGACUGAUGCUUCACAUGACACGGACAAAACCUCUGCUCUUCCUCCAAUCAGAAGUGUACAGGAAAACAUAAAAGAAAAACUUAUGCUCGUCAUCUAAGAGUCAAUGGAUGGUCACAGUUCAGCCAGCACGCUUGCACCUAAACUGAGGACGAGAGGAAGUCUAUAGUGUAUUUAGGAGAUUACCAUAAAUCAGCAUCAAUCUGGUGUCCAAGGUUGUUGUUUUUUUCAGCAGUUAAGUCAUCUGUGUAUGUACCGUUGCCAAUCUGUUUAUGUGAAUGUACAAAUGUUUUUCAUUUGUUUGUCCGUUUGUAUGUCUAUUUGAGUUUUGCAAACAGAAAAGGGGCUCAGUUGAACUGCAGUAGCUUGUCAAGUGAACAACUCCAUUGGUCCGUCCUGGCCCAAGCCCGUCCAACUACGUCCCAAACAUUAUUUACCCUAAAUCACUUUUUUCUUCUGCUAGAGGAGAGCACGUAUCGUCUGCAUUGUGGCUGCUCAUACAUACACAGUGUACCAAACGAGAGCAAUUGGUCUCAAAGCUAAGAAUCUCCACUAUAUAACCACAGUUUGUAUCUAUUUGGGAACUUGAUCCACUUUGUGUGUACUUUGCAUGCAUGCUAUCACACAUCAGAAGUGCUCUAAGGGUCCAUCUUUGAUUCUAUCAAGUGCCAAUGAGUCACGCCAGCUUUUGUUGACCAGUUGAGAUGUUAGCUGAUGGGGGAUCUCCUUCCCCCCCCCCCCCCCCCCUUCCUGCGCACAGACAACAAGAAGCCUAGCUCCGUGGGUUCAGUUUCAACAAGUGCCAAAAGAUCCUGUUGGGUUUAAAUUGUUCGCUCAUGUGUCAAAAAUCGGUUCACGCUUUACAGAGGGAAGCAAAGCUCUCAUAUUGGAGUGUAGAGCCGGCUGAAGUUGAAGCUUAUAAAUUCUAACUGGAAUGGUUGAGUUUUGAAACUCGUAAAAAAAAGGUACGAAACAUAAGCGGGAGAAAAGAGAUCUGGGAAUGAGGAACACAACAUAUGAAACACAUAGACAGAAAAAAAAAAAAAAGAAGUAUGUUGCAUGUCGCGUUGAUGCGUCUCCUGACUUAAGCCAAAACGUCACAUGUUGAAAGGCUAAUGUUACCUUCCGACCUUCUACUUGGAUGACAACAAACUGUAGAUUCCAUCCUCUGGAUAGGUCCUUUCUGUUUCUUCCGGGAUAUAUGUUUGCUUGUUGUUUACAUUUAGUACUUGAAAAUAGGUAUUAUUAUAGGUUUGCACAGUAUACUGCAAUGGUGUGUUGUUGAGAGCAUGAUAAACAGCAGUAGUGGGGUGAAAGGUGCUUCUUUCUUCUCUGUGGCCUUAGAUACCCGCCUGCUUUAGUGUUCUUAGUGAUCUUAUUAGUCUUCGACUUGGGCACGGUCCUUUUUAGUGCUUCGGAGCCCAAUGGUUUCUCUGUGAUACCCAGAGCUGGCACUCUGCUGAGAACUGUCUUGGCGAGAUAAAGGAAAAGGUGAAGAGGGUAUGGCUGGGCUCAGACAGACGUUUCCUCGCUCAGCGCUCGGGAUCGCCCGAGCUGUUUGAAGAGAGGGUGUUGAGAAAUGAGGAGAGAGAGGGAGAGUUAGAAAGAGAGAGAGAGAACCCCUUUAGCUCUAGUUUCCUGCUCCGGCUUUGAAGCCUCUCUUUGAUCUGAGUCCGUUGUGUGUGCACAGUGUGAUCAGGAGAUGGAAAGAAGAAGAAGAAAAAAAAACAUCAAACUAACAGGCAAGGAGAAAUGUAGGAUGGUGUGAUGAUUGACAUGCUAUUACUGUGUCCGGCCAGUGGGGGCACAUGUGGGAAAGAUUAGAUUUUAUAAUUUGUUCCCUCAUCUG